CGUUGGCCUGUGGGGCUGACGUGGGCUCUUGAGGAACCAGUUUUGCUGAUCGGAGGAUUGUGCUGGAGAGAGUCGCGAUACUAAUUUCUUUGAACGAGGGAACGCUUUCAAUGGCAAUAGCAUUGUCAUAGGGCUGAAUAAAUCCUGCGACAUGGUGAAUCUCUGCUGGCGGCAGCUGUUCAGGGGCCAGCACCUCCAACCACAGUCCCUCAGCCGCAAAACGACAAGACUCGGACCCCCCAGCUAGCCUGCCACAAUCAGCACUAACAACGCCACUUGGCCCCCAGACUAGCGGACUCUAGCCGUUUAUAAUCUUCCCUCUGCCCAUCCUGUCACGAACCAACCAAUCACACCAUCACAAACUUGUUGGCUCUCGGCCCAGGCCUGCCGCGCACCAACCUGAGUUCUUGCGGCGCACUGCCGGCCAAGCUCACAGCCCCAGCCCUGCCCUGCCCUGCUUGCCUGGCAACAGGGCUCGGUCGAGCCUGCGACUACUAUUAAAUCCAUUGCCAAAUGGCCCCCGCGACGUUGGGCGCCCUGGUCCUUUUUGAACAGGCGUCGCUUGAAGGUUGAUGUGAUUUUGCGACGACACGACGGUUAACCUCGCAACCCUUUUUUCCUUCUCUGUAUUUCCCCUCUUCAAGUACAUAUCUACUCAUACUCCGCAACGCUAUUACUAUAAUCAUAAUGUCCGACUCCAACGCAGAGUGCGCCUCCGGCUCCUCGUCCUCGUGCAACUUCACCUGCCCCAAGGGGGGCACCUGGUACGUGUGCCCCGAGGCGCCCUUCUUCGUGGGCUGCUGCUCCUCCGACCCCUGCCACAACGUCGACGCAAACAGCACCUCCCCGUGUCCCGACGUCUACGCCGCCUCAUUCGAACCCGCGGUCUUCGACUCCAUUUUACCAAACCUGUGCAUCGGCACGAACAACUCAGACUGGUUUACCUGCAACUUCACUGAGCCGCGGUUCCUGGGCUGCUGCGCGAGUAACCCUUGUGGGACGACGGAUGGGUGUCCCGACGACGAUGUUCUCCCGGCCGCGUGGAGCUCGUCGGUUGCAGGCCAGUAUGAUUUGUUCCGGGAUGCGGAUGCGGGCGAUGGCGAUGAGGGGAGCGGCGGGGGCGGGCUAUCCGGUGGUGCGAUUGCGGGAAUCGCAGUUGGUGGUGCCGCUGCGCUGAUUAUCGUCGUUGCGCUGAUCUGGUUCUUUAUGCGGAGGAGGAAGAACAAGGCUGCUGGGCACGGGCGCACCCCGUCGGUUGUCGAGGGCGAGCAGCAGAGGAUGUACACGGGCGAGUACGCUGGCUACCAACAGCCGUAUCCCGGGUCGCCAUACCAAGACUCGCAAUUCUCCAGCCCCGCCGGCACAACAAUAGGAGGAGGCAAAAACUCCAAAUACAUGUCUGGUUCCUCGGCCGGAAUCAGCCUCCCCUCGCUAUCGCCAAAUCUCCCCUCCGAAGGCGGACGGCCCAUUUCCGAAAUGUACUCGAAUCCCGAGACCGACCAUCAGCGGUCAUCGGGCCAAAAUCAUGGGUUGGGCGUGUAUGGGGGGACGCAGAAGCCGGAGCCAAUACAGGAGCUGGAUAGCACAACGCCAGAGGUGCAUGAGCUGGAUGGAGGCAGCCGGUUGAAGUGAGGUCCAAUAUGGCCGAAAGGGCUUCGGUAGAUUGAGGGUUCUUUUUGGGUGUAUUCUAGCGAUAUCUGCUUUAAUGUAAUAAGUAAUUUGUAAAAGUACGAAUGAGUAUUUGCAUUUGCAGCGUCUAAUAGGUUUGUUGAAUCCAGCUUUCCAGCUGGAAUGUCGAAGGAUCGAUCUCCGUAUUCAAAUCAUUGAGCAUUGGGGAUUGUAGAGGCAGGAUGUUCGUCCCUGGAUGACCGUCCGAUAAUUGGGCCGGGAACGACGAGCCUGUUAACGAGAUAGGAUCAAGCCAUAUAGUAUCGUUCGGAUCAGUCUCAGUAUCCGGGUGGGUAAAAUGCGCGCC